UCCUCUGCACAUUAUCCCAUUCCUUUCCUCUCUCAUUUGUUCAUUCAUUCAUUCAUAAUGUCGCUUAGCGGAACACUUAGCACUGAACUUUCGGUCCGCACAAGUGCAGAGAAAUGGUUCGAGGCCAUGACAAAUAAACUCGACCAAAUUCAAAACAUCGCUGAUGAUGUUCAUGGAGCCAAACUCAUUCAAGGUGAUGAUUGGCACACCAAUGAUUCGCUCAAACAGUGGACUUAUAUAGUAGACGGUAAGGAAGAAAAAUGUGUUGAAUUUAUUGAAUCCGUUGAUGAAGAGAAAAAAACAAUCGAAUUCAACAUCCAUGGCCUAGAUAUCGAGGAUAAAUAUAAUGUGUUUCAUUUAACCUUUCAAGCCAUUGAGGAUGAUCCUGGUAGUCCUACAAUUAAAUGGAGUAUUGAAUAUGAAAGGCAGACUAAGGAUGUUCGUCCCCCAUAUCUGUACUUGGAAUUAUAUGACCGUGUCACUCGAGAUGUUGAUGCUUAUCUUUUCAAGAAUUAAAGAAAAUGGCAGCAAAUAAGAGUUGAAAAACAUGGAAGAGAUCAAAGACAAUGCUCGUGUAUGUACUAUGUUAGCUGUGAUGUUUGAUGUGGAGAAUAUAAUAAUAUUUUUAGUUUGUGUUUGUGAUAAUUUAAGAUGCAUAUGUGUGAUAUGUCAAGAAGGUGUUGAAUAAAAGGUAUCUUUGGUUUUUUUUUUCUUAUUCAA